ACCCUGCACGUGCAAGUUUAAGUUUGUUUUUCUUGUUCAAGUAGUGCGUGUUUCUCGCCGCAAAAAUUUUAAAAAAGUGAAAAAUUUAUGAAUUGUGGAAGCCAAUAAUAAAAAUGGCCAAAGAUAAAAUGAAGUCUAGAGCAAAGAAAACGAAUGUAGGAAAUUCUAAGCAAAAUGGUGAUAAAAAAUCAACAAAUAAUGUUGGUGUGAGUGGCGGAGGCAAAGGCAGCGGAAUUUGGCAGGAUGAACGUUUCCAACAUUUGGUCACCGAUCCACGCUUCAAAAGUUUGCCCAAGGUGCAGAGGAAAGUUAAAAUUGAUAAACGUUUUGAGGGAAUGUUUACCAAUGAUAAAUUCAAAGUAAAAUACACUGUGGAUAAAUAUGGUCGCCGCCUUAACAAAAGCACCAGCGAAGACCUUAAGAAAUAUUACGAAUUGAACUCCAGUGAAGAAGAGGAAGAUGAUGACGUCGAUGCCGAAAAGGACGAUAAAACUGUCGUUAGUGAAGAACAAAAUUCUGCCUCGGAAAAUGAAGAAGCCGAACGUGAGAAGGAGGAAAAGGCAAUCUUGCGUGAAAGUGAUGUUGAGAAUGAAAAUGACGCCUUAACAAGUGACGACGAAGAAGUUCCCAAAACCCUUCGGGAAAGACUUUUAGAUCCAGAUAUUGAUUAUGCCAGAGGUGAAGGUCGCCUAAUAACAGAUUCCUCCUCAGAUGAUGAGUCCUCCGAGGAUGAAGAUCCCGAAAUGUAUAUAGACCAUGUCUGGGGAGAACUGGACAAUGAUGCUGACACUACAGAUGAAUCCACCAGACGUUUAGCGGUGUGUAAUAUGGAUUGGGAUCGUAUCAGGGCUGUUGAUUUAAUGGUACUAUUCAGUUCAUUUCUACCAAGAGGUGGAACCAUACUAAGUGUUAAAAUAUAUCCAUCGCAAUUUGGCAAAGAACGCAUGAAGGAAGAAGAAAUGCACGGACCUCCAGAGUUGGUGGGCUUGGACAAAGACUCUCGGAGCAACAACAUCAAGAACAAUAAAACGAAGGACAAGAAAAAGAAAGACUCCUCAGAUAGUGAGGAUGAACUGGCAUUGGCCCAAGACAGCGACGCUGAAGAAGGCGAUGACUACCAUAUGGAAAAAUUGAGGCAAUAUCAAUUGAAUCGUCUGCGUUAUUACUAUGCUGUAGUGGAACUGGACAGUAUUGAGACUGCGGAUAAGAUUUAUAGGGAAUGUGAUGGUAUCGAAUACGAAAGUUCAGCUACAAAAGUUGAUCUGCGCUAUAUACCCGAUGAUACCACAUUUGAUGAUGACGAGCCUUCAGAUGUGUGCACAGAAAUGCCAGAUGUCAGUACUUACCAACCACGUCAGUUUACCACAACAGCUCUGCAGCAGGCCAAAGUGGAUCUUACAUGGGAUGAAACGGAGGUGGAUAGAAAGGAGUUGGGUGAUAAAUUAUCUUCUGGUAAAAUGGAUGGUAUAAGCGAUAAAGAUUUGAGAAAAAUCGUUGCUUAUAGCAGUGAAGAGGAAGUCGAAGAACACGAUGAUGAGAAAGAUUCUGAAGAAGAAUCCCUGCAAGAGAAAGAAUCCUCUAUAAUCAAACAAAAUGGUGAUAAAAAAUCGAAAAAUAAAUCCAAAAAGAAGGAAGAGGUUAUCAACAAAUACAAGGCCUUGUUAGCUGAAAUAAAUGAAAAGGAACAAAAAGAAAAGGAGAAAAAGAAAUAUGCAAUGGAAUUUACAUGGGAAGUUAAUGAGUCCAAAAAGGACGAUGAAAAAGACAUGGAGGAUGAUUUGGAGAAUAAACCCAAGGCAGAUUUGACUCCAAUUGAAAAAGUUUUACUGAAACGCAGUGAGAAGAACAAAAAACGUAAGGAGGAACGCAAGAAGAAGAAACUGCAAGCAGCAGGUGUUGAGUCUGAAUCCGAUCUCGAUUCUUUACCCGAUGGCGUCGACAUGAAUGAUCCUUACUUUGCUGAGGAAUUUGCCAAUGGUGAUUUCGUAGAUCCAAAGGCAAAACGCAAAGAAAAACAAAAGAAACAAAAACAACUGAAGGCUGAACAAGAUGAGCAAGAAGAAAAGCAGGCCAAGGAGUUAGAGUUGCUGUUGGAUGACAACCAGGAGGAGCAAAGCAAACAGCAUUUCAGUUUGGAAAAGAUUUUAAAAAGUGAACAGGAUACAAAAUCGAAAAAGAAACGCCGCAAACAACUGAAAAAAUCGAAAACUUCCAUAGAGGAAUCAAAUAAACCGGUAGAAGACAACUUUCAACUAAAUUUGAGUGAUAACCGUUUCACAGCAGUAUUCACAUCUCAUGAAUUUAAUAUUGAUCCCACCGAUCCGCAUUUCAAGAAGACUCAAGGUAUGGAGCGAUUAAUACAAGAAAAACUAAAACGUCGUCAUGGCGAAAGUGAAGCAAAUAAUAGGUCAGCAGAUGGCGUAAGUGAAGAGGAGAGUGCCAAAAAGCCUAAGAAAAAUAUUGAGAAUGUUAUGUUGGUCAAGAGUUUGAAACGCAAAAUUCAAAUGAAACAACAAGUUUCUAUCUAAACACAUUUCUUUCGUUCCAUCCUAAUACAUUUAUUGCUUGGUUGCUGCUAUUUUGACUGCUGUUAUUCAAAAAUUUUAUUACCAGUGCACACUUCAAAUCUAAUCGAAAAAAAACCCAACCCAGAGGGCUGGAUGGCCAG